AUGCGGUCGCUCUUUUUCACCCUCGCGCAACUUGCGCCAGUUGUUAGUGCCAUUUCGUUAUGGAACACAACCGGGAUAUACCAAGUCGGCUACACCCAGCACGUCUUAAACCACACAACGACCCCAGAUGACCCAACCCCGAACCCCGGCAUCCUGCUGUUGACAAUCUACUAUCCCACUAUACAACCCCCCGCCGGCCCCGUCCCCUACCUCGACGCGAAGACCGCGCGCGCCUACGAGCAAACACUCGGCGUACCCAACGGCACGCUCUCGCUCCUCACGACGAACCUCCAAUUCCAGGCCCCUACCCUCCUCGGCACCCACCCCGCCUUUGGCAACGGCACCUCCCCCUACCCUACCCUCCUCUUCACCCCCGGCGCCGGCGGCACCAUUAGCGGCUAUCAGGCCUACCUAAGCGAAUUCGCCUCGCACGGCUACGCCGUCGUCGGCAUCGACCACCCGGGCGAGGCGCCCUAUACGGCCCUCCCCUACGGCGCGCCCGGCGUCGACGGCAUCCGCGACAUUGGCUCUCUAACAUCCGUCGACUUCCACCACAUGUACAAGUACCGGCUGGCCGACCUAGCCGCCGUCCUCAACCCCUCCGGCGGCCUCCUCCCGGCGCUCAUCGCACAGUACGGCGCGCCGUUCAACACGACGCACUACGCCGUGCUCGGCCACAGCAUGGGCGGCGCGGCGUCGGCGGGCGCGAUGAUCUCGGCGCCCGGGCUCUACCGCGCCGGGUCGAACCUCGACGGCACCUUCCAGCACCUGGUCAAGCCGGACCCCACGAACUCCACGGCGGUACAAGUCCCCGACCCCGACGCGCCGAAUCCGGACCUGCGCACGCCGUUCGUCGAACUCGCGAGCGAGGCGCGGUUCCAGGGCGUCGAGGACGCGGAUGCGUCGUGGGGGAGAUUCAAUGCGAACCAGACGGGCUGGCUGCGCGAUGUGCAGGUGAACGGCACGGCGCAUCUGGACUACAUGGAUACGCCGCUGGGAUUCGACCUGCUGGGGGCGAGGGAGGGCGGCGUCGUGCCGCCGGCGGCGUUGGGGGCGUUGGGGACGAUCGCCGGGAAGAGGGUAACGGAGGUGGUGACGGGGUUGUUGCUGAGCUUUUUUGAAGAGUUCGUUAGUGGCGGCGCCGGUGUAGAGAGUGUGGAUGCGUUUAUUGCGAGGACGCCUGAGGCGUUUGUUAUGGCUGAGAAGUAA